CACCAGUUAAAGGUAAUGAUCCAGAUGUACCUGUACCUACUCUGAUCAACGACAUUGGACUCAUCAUUAAUUCGACUAUGACUCAAGACGAAGUUUGGACAAAAAUAAAUGAGAUGACUGAAGCCCAAAAGUUUCACCUUUCAACUUCACAUUACAAGCCACCCCCACAUUUCAGAUUUCUAGCAGUACAGAUGAACGGCUAUUCAAGAUCAUUUCAGCCGUAGUGGCUAAAAAAGUAUUCUUGGCUAGUGUACAGCCAAGAAUUAGAUGGAGUUUUUGCUUGCCAUGUGCCCUAUUUGGUAGUGACCGUUAUACGAAAGGAUCUCUUGUGAACUCACCAUUUACAAAGUGGGUAAAGCUGUGUGACACUUUAGGUGGAAAGAGUGGACAUGUCCACAAAUUAUAUCAUAAUGACUCUGUUGUGGCAAUGUCGACUUACAUUAAUAGCUGCAAGAAUCCAAGUGCUACAAUACCAUGUAGAUUUAGUGACAGCCUACAACUGAGGAUUCAAGAAAACAGGCAUAUCCUCAAAAGGAUCGUACAAGCUGUGCUGUUCUGUGGUUGGCAGUGUGUUGCGUUUAGGGGUGAUGGUGAACACCAAGACUCUGGAAAUCCAGGAAACUUUAUAGCUUUUCUGAGACAACUUGCACAGGCAGACCCAUUGCUAGAACAGCAUCUGUCAGCUCCACAGAGGAAGAAUUCAACCUACAUGUCUACAAUGUCCCAGAGUGAUAUUAUCAAUAUCAUUGGAUUUAAACAAUUAGGGAAGGCAUUCUGA